AUGAGAGGGCGGCUGCAACAACUUCUGAGAAGGACAAAACGAAAUCUUGCCGAAUUCAAGGAGCUCGGUGGAUACAGUGAGAUUUACAAGUAUUCAAUCGAGAAAAAUGAUGAGUUUUGGGAAAAACUUGCUAGAUCGAGGCUGCUUUGGGAGAAGGACUUUACCGAAGUUUCUGAUUCUUCUUUCAAAGAUGGACGCAUUUCCUGGUUCGCGGACGGCCAGUUAAAUGUAUUUGACAACUGUGUGACGCGGCAUUUGGCCGAUCGUGGCGACCAAGCGGCUCUAAUUUACGAAAAAGAUGAGCCCGGAAAUGAGGAAAUCGUCACAUACGCCCAACUUCAUUCCUUGGUCAACAGAUUUGCCAACGUCUUGAAAUCGAAGGGAGUGAAGAAGGGCGACCGGGUGGCGAUUUAUUACCCCGUCAGUCCUCUUGGAGUCGCGGCGAUGCUUGCGUGUGCGAAAAUUGGCGCGAUUCAUUCCGUCGUUUUCGCCGGCUUCUCUGCCGAUGCUCUCAGGCAAAGAAUAAUUGAUGCCGAUUGCCGAGUUGUCAUAUGCGCGGAUGGAACUUACAGAGGAGGGAGAUAUAUCAACCUCAAAUCGGUCGUCGACGAGGCGAUCGAAAACUUGGAUUUGGUGGAAACUGUGCUUGUGGGAACUCGAAAUGCAGAGGCCAAGAAAUUAACGACAGAAAAGGACGUCGAUUUGGACCUAGCAUUGGCGGCUGCACCGGAAAACUGCCUGAGCGAGCCGAUGAACGCGGAAGAUCCACUGUUCUUGCUCUACACUUCUGGCUCGACUGGUAAACCAAAGGGUUUGGUUCACUCGCAAGCGGGCUAUCUUCUCUACGCGGCUGUAACAACCUCUGCUGUUUUUGACUGUGAACCUGGUGAUCGAUUUGGAUGCGUCGCUGAUAUUGGCUGGAUUACUGGCCAUACUUACACAGUUUACGGGCCACUUGCAAACGGAGCGACGAGUUUGUUGUUUGAGUCCAUUCCUUCUUACCCGGAUCCCGGGCGUUACUGGGCUACUGUAGACAAACAUAAACUCACGCAGUUUUAUGGUGCUCCAACUGCGUACAGAUCACUUUUGCGGCACGGCGAUGAAUUCAUCGAAAAAUAUGAUCGAAGUUCGCUAAAACGAAUCGGCAGUGUUGGCGAACCGAUUAAUACUGAAGCUUGGGAAUGGUUGCAUCACAAGGUUGGAAGCUCGAAAGUUCCGAUUGCCGAUACCUGGUGGCAGACGGAGACUGGAGGGAAUAUGAUUACUCCUGUCCCUUGCGACGCUGGAGCUUCCUUCAAACCAGGCUCAGCCCAGCGCCCUUUCUACGGAAUCGAGCCCGUUCUCAAAAACGCGGACGGAAACACCGUGCAAGGCAACUCAGUUGACGGAGCCUUGUGCAUCGCGAAGCCCUGGCCUGGCAUUGCUCGAACGAUUCACGGCGAUCACGAGCGAUUCCGAAACGUUUACCUCAAUGUUUUCGACGAUGUCUACACUACUGGCGACGGAGCGCACAGAGAUCAAGAUGGAGAGUACACGAUCACAGGCAGAAUGGACGAUGUUAUCAACGUUUCUGGUCAUCGAUUGGGAACGGCGGAGAUUGAGGACUGCUUGACUCAAUUGGACUUUAUCUCGGAGGCCGCUGUUAUUGGCAUUCCGGAAGCGACCAAGGGAGAGGUUCCUUAUGCAUUCGUCAUUCUCAAAGAGGGAGUCGAGGAGAACUCUGAGCAUAAAUUGCUCGCGAACAAGCACGUGGCAAAAGUCAUCGCGAAAUUUGCCGUUCCCAAAGAUACAAUCAUCGUCAGUGGUUUGCCAAAGACGCGCUCUGGAAAGAUCAUGCGAAGGAUAUUGCGAAAACUGGCGUCCUCUGAGGCGAAAGAUUUCGCGCAAAUUGCCCCUGAACUUGGCGACAUAUCAACCCUCGCGGAGCCAGAAGUUGUCGAAGAGAUUUUCUUGAAAAAAUGCCAAAGCUAA